UUCCGCGCUCUGCACCGCCGGGGCGGAUCCCGCUGCUUUGUCCUUGCUGGGAUAGUGCUGGCUUGCAAGAGAGAGACCUGCUUCCCGCUCGCUCGGGCGGCAGCUGGAUGAGCUCUGGAUGCAAGGAGGAAAGUUAACAGUGCGGCUCUAAGAUGAAGCUUCCAUCUGGGCAAGGCAUAAGGCUGGCAUAUCUUCUCCUGAAUUUGGCUUCCCUCUGCCUCCCCAUCCCCCUGUGGAAGGACCGGGACUCCCUGAUGCAGGAGGAGAAAGCCCAUCAGACGGGUGGCAAUUUGGUGCUGAGCAGACAGGAACAGCAGCUCAGUUCAAAGCUCGUAAGCCUCAAGAAGAAGGAGGUUGCAACAGCCAUAACUAUGGGACAGUUUCCUCCAAGCAUGCACUUCUUUCGGGCAAAAAGCCUCAUUGAUCAGAGCACAGUGUUCAGCAUCUUAAAGCGAAUGCCAAAAGGUGCUGUCUUACACGUGCACGACUAUGCCAUGCUGAGUGUGGACUGGCUGGUGUACAAUGCCACCUACCUUCCCAACUGCUACAUCUGCUUCACCCCUGUGGGCACCGUUCGGUUUCGUUUCUCUAGUCCUCACCCUCCUCACCCAGUGCCAGCCCAGUGCUCCCAGUGGGUUUUGCUGGAGACUUACCGGAAGCAGCUGCGCAAUGUGACGGAGUUCGAUAGCGGCUUGCUGAGAAACUUGACCCUGGUGACGGAUGCCCCUGAGCUGGCCUACCCUUCUCAGGCUUUCAUUUGGAAAAGAUUUGAAGAAGUCUUUCUCAUUGCCUCUGGACUUAUCUGCUAUGCACCUGUGUUCAAGGCCUACUUCUACCAGGGGCUGCUGGAGCUCUAUGAAGAUAACAUACAGUAUGUCGAGAUAAGAGCUAUCCUGCCUCCGGUGUAUGAACUGGAUGGCACCCGGCACAAUAAAUCAUGGUCCGUGGCAACCUAUCGGGAAGUGACCAGGCAGUUUAUGAAGGAGCACCCUGACUUUCUUGGAGCCAAGAUUAUAUUUACAGCACACAGGAUGCUGAAUGUUUCCCAGAUUAAAGAAGCCGUCAUCACUGCCAUGGCACUCAGAGCCCACUUCCCAGACACCCUGGCUGGCUUCGACCUGGUUGGAGAUGAGGAUGAAGGUCAUUCUUUAUGGGACCUAAAGGAUGCCCUGACCAUCCCAUAUUCCUUGGGGGUCAACUUGCCAUACUUUUUCCAUGCUGGGGAGACUGACUGGCAGGGCACCUCCGUAGACAAUAACGUGCUGGAUGCAUUGCUGCUGAAUACCAGCCGAAUUGGCCAUGGACUUGCCCUCGUUAAACACCCAGUAGCCAAAAGCUUGUCUCUGAAGAAGGAUAUACCUGUAGAAAUCUGUCCCGUCUCCAACCAGGUCCUGAUGUUGGUAGCUGACUUGAGGAGUCACCCUGCAGCUGACCUUAUGGCUGAAGGGCACCCCAUUGUGAUCAGCCCCGAUGAUCCCCCUAUCUUUGGGGCAAAAGGAGUCUCCUAUGACUUCUAUGAGGUGUUCAUGGCCAUCGGAGGGAUGAAUGCUGACCUGAGGACCUUAAAACAACUUGCUCUUAACUCCAUAAAAUACAGUGCCAUGCUGCCAGAUGAGAAAGCCAAGGCCAUUGAGGUCUGGCAGGAAAAAUGGGACCAAUUUGUUGCUGACCUCUCGGAUAGCUUUUUGAGGGAGCUUUAGAGGGGAGGAGACUCAUCUCAGAAGGCAUUUGGCAAGCCAGAGCUAGUAAGGCUUAUUGUUAAGAGGGAGAUUCUUUUUCCAUGUGACCUGAGCAGAUGAAUGGAGCUCAAAGUCUCACCUGGCAGCGAGUGAUUCUGGUAAGCUAGGCUUAAUGGGUUUAAUGCUAAGAGUGAGCUUCUCUGUCCUGUGAAAGUCAUGGGCUGGAGGUAAAAGGGAGCAGUAAGCCCUUUACAGCAACAAUAACAGAACACUCUGCUCAAAAUAGUCAAAACAAUCCAAAAUUGCCAAUGACCAAACCCUGACAUCCUUAUUCAGGAAAAACAUGCUUUCUAAUUAGAGUCAGUGGGAGAUUGCCAACACGAGGAACUCUGAAUUUCGCCUUAUCAUUACAAAAUGCAGACCUUGUCCGGAAACAGCUAAGACAAACAUCCAACCAUUUGGGCCACUGACCUUCAGGAGAGCAAGGACUGAAAAUGACUCUUGUUAUGUUUAACCCCGGGCCUGCUGCCAAAAUAACGCGGCUAGGUUGAAGAACCAGUCAUAGGUCUGAUGUCUGCUAUUUCAGGACCUACCAUGGCUGGAAACGACCUGAUGGAACUUACUCGCAGAACAUUUAAGCCUGGUUGCACAGUGAUCAUAAAGCCAGAGAGAGGUGUCUUGGUUGCUGACAAGGUUUGGGUUUUUUUUUUUUACUGCAAAAUCUUUUCCUGUCCUCUGGUCAUACGAAGCCAAAACACUUUUCAUCUGAAAAGAAACACCCUGGCUUCUCAAGUCUAGCUUGAUUAAAACCAUCUCCCUGCACUGGGCCAUGUUAACUCAGGCAUUUAUAGGAAAAAACUUUUGAUUUCAGGGAAUUCCACUACAAGCAUUUGUUGCCUAACUCAGGGUGCAAAUGUGCCCUUGUUCAGCCCGUCAGAUGCCAGAGAACUGCUCUCACACUCUGGAUAUCCACAGUGAACCACAGUUCACUUGGACUUUUGUAGUUUCCAGCUCUUUGGCAAAAAGAUACUGGAGCAACCACACAAUAAACAGUGUCUGGACAAACAGA